UCAGCUCCAGGUCCGAAGCCGUCAGCACGGCGGUGAAAUCAAUCACCGUCGUCGGACGAAUGCCGUCCGCUUCACUUGCAUUGUCGCCUCAAUGGCCCGGCGUAUUAUUGGUGGAUUUCCGGCGAGGACCAGGAUCCAGCCAUUGUGAUUGGAGAGGUUGUCUUUCCCAUUCUAUCUAGUGGCUUCGGUGAUUACGAUGGAAGAUGGCAAGUCGGUCGUACGGUAUGAGGCCCUUACCUGGUAGGUUCGUCGCCUGCAGUGUACGGAGGUCCGCAGGUGGGUUCCCUGGGUUGAAUUGUUUUCCGGACGGGGACGACGAAGGAGAAAGAAAACUUAUUUUCCUUUUGGGAGGGGCCUCUUCAACAAAGUUCAGCGUUCGACUUCAGCCUCGUUCGUCCUGGAGCCCUUCCUUCGAUCCCUCAGGCACCGACGAUUUCCGUGCCCCUGCGCCGCCCAACACGUGGGGCGAAUUGCCUCAGACGCAGGCCUCACUUUCUGGCUUAGCGGCCAACGCUAUCCCUAGCUGGAUCCAGAAUCAGACGGAGGCACCAACGGGCCCGUUGGUGCCAUGGUGGUACCGUGGUCAAGGAGCUCGUGAAUAUUGCUGCCGGAUAUCUUAGUGUCUUGGUGUUGCCGGUCGGUGGAGGCCACUGCUCUCGGAAUGUACGGGCUGAUGAUUCUGCAUGAUGAUCUGUUCGGCAGGUUGCCAACUGUUGUGUACUAACUACGGAGUACUAGCUGAACGACUGAAGAGGCGUCGUACAUCGGUCCUCUGUGGAC